AGCAGCUCGGGCUGGCAGAGCGGCCUGGAGGCGGGCCAGGGCGCCGUGGAGGCAGGGGGCUCCCCAGGUUUGGAACAAAGACCUCACACGCAGGUCCUCUGAGCCUGGGCCAGCGGGAUGGUGAAACCCGAGAGAGGCCGCAGGCAGGAUGGCUGGUGCUGAGAGGAGCUGGCGGUGACUCUGAUGCCCGUAGUGGCAGCUGCGUGUCCUGAAGAUGAAGUGGCCCAGGUGAACUGCAGACCAGGCCCAAUGGCCAGCUCGGGGACAGAGGUCCGCUGGGCCGAGCCAGGCCUGGGGAAGGUGCCCCAGCGGCGGCGCUGGGCCUGGGCUGAGGAGGAAAAGGCGGCCAUUAGGCAUGGCCCACACAGCUGGGGAGAGGAGGGGCCCUUUCCCAACGCCAGCAGCCCCGAGCUCCUCCAGGACUUCUGCCUGGCCCAGCAGCUCCGGCAGCCUCUGGAGUGGCACUCGGAGUCGCAGCCUGAGGGGCACCAGGGUUCCGAAUCCGGAGGGUCUGCAGAAGAGUUUGAAGCAGAGGAUGUGGACAGCCCAGAAAGUUCCAGCUUGUCGCCCAGCUGGCUCCCCCAGCAGGACCCUCAACCGGACAUGACUGAUGAGGAGCCAGACGAGGCCCUCGGAGAGGACGAGGCCGAGGAAGCUGGAAAGAGCCCCUCUGGGUUGGGGUAUGAGACUGGUCUCUGUUCCAAGGACCAUGGAAGCACCAGCCCCAUGGCUCUGGGAUGGGGUCAGACCACAGGCUGGGUGGCCUCUGAUAAACAAACCAAUGGAGACAAACUUCCAGAACAUUCUGAGGUCAACCCAACUGUUGACCUCAGCUCUGCGAGGUCCUGGAGCAGUGGGACUGUGAGCCUCGACCACCCUAGUGACAGCCUUGAUUCCACCUGGGAAGGAGAGACUGAGGCCCCCCAGCCUGCUGCCCCCGCAGAGACUUUACCACAGAGCCCCGGCCGCCGCCUCCUAAGUCCAGAUGACCCGACUGGAGGAAGCGUUGCUCUGGCAACGCCUGCAGAAUUCCAGGACUCCUCAGUGCCCCCAGCCCAGAGCCUCCAGUGCCCUGCAGAUAGAUGGAGGAGAGAAACGCCCAGUGUCUCCUGCUCUCCGCUGGGGCACCGAGCCUGGAAGCGGACACGGACAUCACCUAAGGCGCUCCCUUCGCGAUUCACUGGCGCCCUCAGCCCCCCGAGUCCUCCGCCUAGGCCAGCCCGGCCGGACAGGCCGCCCAGGCAGGGAGCCGCUGUGGCUGGUCACUCAUCUUCUGAGGCCCCCAAGUACGGCCGGGGGCGGCUGAACUACCCGCUGCCUGAUUUCUCCAAGGUGGGACCCCGGGUGAGGUUCCCCAAAGAUGAGACUUACCGCCCCCCCAAGGCCAGGAGCCGCAGCAAGCAGCCUCAGGACCCUGUCAGACCACUGAUCUACAAGUCACCUGCCGAGAUCGUACGGGAGGUGCUGCUGAGCAAUGAAGAAGCCUGCUUGGGAAAGGAUCCACCCCCUUCCCACCCCGUCACCAGGGUACCCCAAGAAUUUCAGACACCCGAACAAGCCACCAAGCUGGUCCAUCAGCUCCAGGAGGACUACCACAAGCUCCUCACCAAGUAUGCUGAGGCUGAGAACACCAUCGACCAGCUGCGCCUGGGCGCCAAGGUGAACCUGUACUCAGACCCACCCAAGCCCAGCCACAGCCUCCAUACAGGGGUGUUGCCCCAGGGGACCAAGGUCUUAUCCUUCACCAUCCCGCAGCCCCAUUCCGUGGAGCGGUGGCCAGCAGGGCCUGCUGCGGCCCCACAGGUCUUGGAGGCCUCGGGGUGGUCGUCAGCUGGAGGAGACCCAAGCCCCCCCUCGCCCUCCAGUGCGCCCACCCAGGGGUGUCUUCCGGAGAACUCAGGCACCGCAAAGGACCAGCUCUCAGCAGAACGGACCCAGGCGCUGGCUUCCCAGGCCAGCCAGUUCCUGGCCAAGGUGGAGUCCUUUGGGGGCCUGAUGCAGGCAGGACGGCUGACGCCCCAGGAUCAACUCAAGGGCUUCCAGUGGCUGAAGGCUGCCCACUCGGCCCUGGAGGAAGAAUACCUGAAGGCCUGCAGGGAGCAGCCCCGGGCUCAGCAGCUUGCCGGCUCCAAGGGGACACCUGGGAAAUUUGAUCCUGGCAGGGAGCUGGAGGCGGAGAUAUUCCAGCUGGGGAUUCGCCUGGAAGAGCUGAGGGACCACAUGGAACAGAACCAGCCAAAGCCUGAGCCAGCCGGGUCAGACCCACCUCUGGACAACCCCCCGGCCACGCCCUCUUCCCACCGGCCAACAUGCUUGCCCUCUCCCUCGGGACAAGCACACACACCAGCCGUCCAGACCCUCCGCCUGGAGCCCAAGGCUACCAGCACUGACCCCAGCGCAUUGCAUGUGAACAUGGAGGUGAGCCCUGGCGGUGAGGUGGGGGACGGGCCGCUGGGCCUCCCAGCCCCGCUCAGGCACAAGGAGCAUCAGGCUGAGCAAGACUUCCAGGGGCUCCUGGAGCGGUACCUGAGUGUGAAGUCCCUCCCAGAAGCCAUGAGGAUGGAGGAGGAGGGGGCGGAGGAGGAGGGCAGGGCCCUGGAAGUGGAUGGGUCAGCUCCGGCUCCAGAGAAAGCACCGACCAAGCGGCUUCCCUCAAGGCAGCUCCGGGUGCAGGCUGAGAGAAGUCACGGGACCCCCCUCGAUCUUUCUGAGAGUUUGUGGAAACGGCCAAACGGGACGACGGGAUGCCGAUCCCUGAAGCCUGGAGGUGCUGCUUUAACUCAUCGUUCCCUCUGUCUCCCUGUGGGGGUGGGGGUGUUUCAUCGGCAAGUGCCUUGCCCAGGUCACACGGCUAGAAGGUGGCAGGACCAGAGUGGGUAUCCAGGGACGUCUGAUCAGAGCUUGUGCCCUGAACUGCUUGACUCCCAGGCCAGGGCUGCCCGGCUCAUGCCAGGGUCUGACAUCCUCUCCUCUGCCAGGGAGACUGUGGAGCAGAUGGUGUCCAUGAAACCAGCAGGCUUCCAUGCACCCAUGGCCAGAGAUGGGCACCUGCUGGGCCUGGCCAGGGCCAAGGCAGCUCCUCCGGGUCCUGCUAGACCACCGCUCUCUCGGGGCACCAAGUCCGCAGCAUCCCACCAGAGCAGUCUGACCAGCCUGGAGGGAAGCGGCAUCUCUGAGCGCUUCCCGCAGAAGUCUGGUGGCCCCCAUCUGGAGGAGUCCUGGAUGGCAUCCCCCGAGACAGACAGCGGCUUUGUGGGCUCGGAAACCAGCAGAGUGUCGCCCCUCACCCAGACCCCAGAGCAUCGGCUCUCCCACACCAGUGCCCCAGGGACAUUAGCCCAACCCUUCACUGCUUCUGUGCCCCGGGAUGCAGCCUCCCACCCCCAGACCAGAGACAUUCUGGUCCCCAGAAGAGCCACUGAGCCCAGAACACCCAGGAGUCGAGCCCAGAGGCACCCCUCCACCCGGGACAGUCCUCUCCACCGGAGGGUACCUAUCUUCUGCCAGGAGCCGGCGCUGGCAGCCGAGACAGCUGUCCCUGGCUUGCAGUUGGAGGGACGAAAGCGGAACUCUGAGCAGCUUGACCCCGGCAUGGAGGUCAGCCCACCCUCCACUCCGGCCCCUGCAGUCGCUGCUCUGCCCCGUGGACUGACAGACACCCCCCCAACCCUCCUCACCAGGACCGGGCGAGACCAGGCCAUCCGCGAGCUGCAGGACGAAGUGUCCCGACUCCGGCUCCGGCUGGAGGACAGCCUGCAUCAGCCACCCCAGGGCAGCCCCACACGGCCAGCGUCCACCUUCCACCGCCCCGCCCGGGCCCGGGACCGGCCAGCAGAUUCCCCAGCUGCCUGGGGCUCCCACUGUGGCAGUAAAUCCACAGAGAGGUUGUCCAGUGAGCCUGGAGGUGCAGAGCAAGCUGUCCCCACAGGAAGGCGGCGAGCCAGGUCCUCCUCGGUGCCUCGGGAGGUGCCCCGACUGUCCUUGAGUUCCGAAUCUGAGCCAACCUCCCCCUGGCUGUUCGCUGAGAAGGGCAGGACCACGAAGGACAGCCCACAGGCAGCCCGGGACAAAGUGAGAGGACUGCGCAGCACCGGACGGCCAGACAGGGUCACCUUCCGGGGCCAUUAUACAGGCCAGGAGUACCACGUUCUGACCCCCAAGAGUGCCCCAGGAGGCAGUGACCCAGUCUCCUGUCCCCACUGCCAGCCUGUUAGGACGCAGGAUGCAGGGGGUGCUGUCAGCAAGGACCCGCUAGGACUGUCUUCCACUGGUGCCCUGCGAUGUCCCCUGUGUGGCCGAGUUGAGUCCUCCCCAGAGGCAGAUGGCCCAGGCCCAGACCCAUCCGCCUCUGGGGCAGAAAAGGCCACCACAAGGAGGAGUGCACCUUCAACGUCCAGCCCCAAGCACAGGAGCAAACGGGCGGCGGCGCCCCAGCCGCCCCCUGGACUGUGGUAUCUGGCUGCUGCGCCGUCGGUACCAGUCCCUGCUGCUUUUGCCUACGUCCCCUCGGUUCCCGUCACGCCUUACCCACCAGCCCCUGUGUUCUAUACGCCUCCAGGAGGACCUACCUCAGCCCCCUCAGCCCGAGCAGCUGCUGAGUGGCCCCCGGAAGCCCCCUCUCGGCCAGCUAGAGGACACCGGCAUUCCAUCCAGCUGGACCUGGAGGACCUGGAGGAGCUCAACAAAGCCCUGAGCCGAGCCGUCCAGGCGGCCGAGAGCGUCCGCUCCACCACCAAGCACAUGAGCCGCUCCCUGUCGGCUGACCUGCGCCAGGCCCACAGCCUGCGGGGCUCCUGCCUCUUCUGAUGGCACUGGGGGCUCAGAGGCAGGUGGCGGGCAGCCUGCCUGUCUCCCCGGAGGCCCCGGAGGCCCCUCAUCAGUUCUCCAGCACAGGCCCUGCCUGCUCAGUCUCAGUGUUUGCAAAAUGGAGGGGCCCUGGUCAUCAAGAGAAGUCACUGCCCAGGGCACCAGCUCCUGAAGGAGGUGCUGGGACCAAGGCCACCUGCUGUCCAGAUGCAGUCUCUGGGAGUCUCCUGCACCUGUCCACCUCCGGCUAAUAAUAUGUAUUUUAUAUACUGAUGGACGGAUAGUUUUUCAACAGGAGUUUUCCUGGGCUCGGAUCCUCCUUAGGAAGCCCGAGAAGGGAUGGGGCCCGGGCUCGGCGCAGACCCGCCCACCUGCCUGUGCCAGCCACUUGGGAGUAGACAUCUCUGGAAAGACAUGGCUGGGGGUCUUUCCUCUGCUGGCUGAGGUGGGACACUUUGGGACCAUUGGGAUAUCUUAGGACGCCAGCCCCAGGCUGACACACGCCUGGCUUCUCCGUGGUUGGAGCAGCCUGUCCCCGGGGCCUGCUAGAAUGGAGACACCCCAGGGCGUGGUCCACCGUGGCCCCUCUCAGUACCUCAUCUCGAGAACCCCGCUGUCCGGAGACCCCUGUGGAAUGGCCGUCGCCCCGCGGCCAGGCUGGCUCCGGUCCCCCGCCCUGCAGCAGCGCGUACCUCAGCUUUUCUGGAAUGUGUGUGCGUCGUGAUAUUUGUAUAUUUGAGGCAUUUAAAAAGUCUAUUUUCGUUAUGAGGACAAAUGAAGAAUGAAUAUUGAUCUUACAGAAAAAAAGAAAAGCCAAAAAAAAAAAAAAAAC